AUGCUGAAAGAUCGACAUGAAUAUUUAUUAACUGAAUACAAUAAAAUUGUUGGAAUUUAUACCGAGUUCGAUGAUUUAUGUAAAACAAUUGAAGACGCAUUUGAUAUUUUUAAUAAACGCAUAGAAACAUUUUCUUCUUUUGAGAAAGGUGAACAAUCUACAAAAGAUUUAUCGAAAGAAUCAUCAACAUUUCUCUGGUAUCAAAUAUUUAAUUAUAUUAUAGCUCGUCUACCAAGAAAUCAACAAGCAAAAGAACAAAUGAUUCAAUUAUGUAAAGAUUAUUAUUGUCGAAAUCGAAAAGAAAUGAAAAAUAUUGAAGAAUUUGAACAAACAUAUCGAUCGGAAAAUGCAGUUUAUUGGUAUUCGAAAAAAUCAUUUUUAUAUAAAAUAGUUAAUAAAGUAUUACGAACUGAAAGUAUUGAAUUAAUACAUGCAUUUCGAGUUUUUAUUUGUGAUUUAUCGGAAAAUCUUCGACGUCAACAUGAAAAGAUUUUUUUGUCGAAAGAAAAAUUUUUACAUCUUUAUCGAGGAGCUGUACUUGAUACAAAAGCAUUUAAUAGAUUAAAACAAAGUCAAGGAAAACUUAUUUCAACAAAUGGAUAUUUAUCAACUAGUCCAGAAGAAUCACAAGCACGUGAAUAUGCAAAUAAAUCUUCAAAAAGAAAUGAUAUCGUUCGUGUUCUAUUUCAUAUUGAAAUUAAUAUUGAAAAAAUUGAUAAAAAUAUUAUUUUUGCUGAUAUUACUGAAUUAAGUGAUAAUCCAAAAGAAGUCGAAGUUUUAUUUGAUAUAAAUGCUUGUUUUGAAAUUAAAUCAUUUGAAGAAGAUAAAUCAUUUCAAAUAAUUAAUAUGAAACUUUCAAAUGAAGGACCAAAAAUUGCUAAAGAUUUUCUUGAAUCAACAAGAAAAGAAAUUGAAGAAACAAGUGAUUCAAUUAUUGUUGGUAGAUUAUUAUGUGAUUUAGGUGAAUAUGAUGAAUCACAAAAAUAUUUUGAACAAUUAUUAGAUAAAUCAAAUAAUGAAGAUCGUUCUUGGAUUGAAUUUAAUAUUGGUCGAGCUCUUGAUUUCAAAGGUCAAUGGAAAGAAGCUGAAAAAUAUUAUAAUCGUGCAUAUAAUCGAAUGAUGGAAGAUGGAUCAAACCGAUUAAAAGUUGCAGCUCAUGUUCUUAAUAGCAUGGGUAAUGUUCUUCAUCGACAUGAAAAAGAUGAUGAAGCUCUCGAAUGUCAUCGAAAGGCAUUGAAAAUUUAA